GCCUCACUGUCAACCAUUAGAGACCCUAGGCAAAGGAGGUUAUGGGGUAUUUCCUCCCCCCCCCAACCCCAGAACCUGUAAGGUGGUCAACAGGUUGAUAUGGGGUCUUGGGUUUUCCUACCCCCAGCCCUGUGCAAUAGGAGCUGGCAGACUGGGGGUCGGAGGAGCUGCGGUCCCUUGGCCCCAGCCCGAGGGAAUGCUGUCCUUUGUUCCCCAGGUGAAGUGGAUGAUGUACUGGAUCGUCUUUGCCUUCUUCACCACGGCUGAGACACUCACAGACAUCAUACUGUCCUGGUUCCCCUUCUACUUCGAGCUCAAGAUUGCUUUUGUGAUCUGGCUGCUGUCCCCUUACACCAAGGGCUCGAGCGUGCUCUACCGCAAGUUCGUGCACCCGACCCUGUCCAACAAGGAGAAGGAGAUCGACGAGUACAUCACGCAGGCCCGAGACAGGAGCUACGCGACCAUGAUGCGGGUGGGCAAGCGGGGCUUGAACCUGGCUGCCAACGCGGCGGUCACGGCGGCCGCCAAGGGCCAGGGGGUGCUGUCGGAGAAGCUGCGGAGCUUCAGCAUGCAGGACUUGACGCUCAUCCGCGACGAGGACGCGCUGCCCCUGCAGGGCCCCGACGGCCGCCUGCGCGCCGCCCCCUGCGGCCUCCUGGACCCCAUCGAGGACCUAGGAGACGACCCUGCCCUGAGUCUGAGGUCGGGCACACACCCCGCAGACCCCCGGACAGAAGCCUUAGAAGACGACGCGGGAGAUAAGGCCCCCAAGAGGCCCAAGUCCAUUAAGAAGGGGCCCAGAGCCGAGCCCCUGGCUUCCAAGACUCUGAAGGCCCGGCCCAAGAAGAAGAGCUCUGGCGGGGGUGACUCGGCCUGAGGUGCUGGCGCCCUCGGAAGGGCUGCAGCCCGGCCCCCCCGCUCCGCACUGUGCCACCCACCCAGGCGCCCCAGGCCCCGGGCCCUCC